GAGGAGCAUUUCUGUGCUACGACUUCAUCAUAAACAGCAUAGGAAUUCAAUGCUGAAUGAGUAAAAGAAAACAUCCUUCUAGACCUAAUCAGCUACACUGACAACUCUGGAUAAAGAAGAGAAGAAGCAGCAAAGACCAGAACUGCAGGAAAACAACAUACCACCAUUUAAUAGAUAAGGAGGGAAACUCAGAAAUCACUUCAAGCUUUUUCAACUUCCUGCAAGGAAAGAAGUAACCAAGUUCCCAGAGAACAAGUUCAGAGGGUUCCGUUAAACCACUGAGUGGACAGAAGAGGACUUAAAAAGAAGUGAGAAAAUCAGCAACAAUCUGGAGGACGAACAGCAAGAGGUCUACCGGGCCCCACAUCACAAUUUCACUAUGGGUAUGACUGGUACUCUAGAAAAGGGGGCCCAUCACCAGGCCUUGGACCUGUCCGAGGAACUGCCACCUCAUCACCACCAUCACCACAACAGCCACCACGAACAUCUUCACCACACUAACUCCCUGGCCUCGACCACCGCUGUGGGUGGAGGCAGAGAAACCCCUUUACGUGUAGUCGUACCUCCUCCUUAUUCUGCAGCUGAGAUCGGUGGCGGGGGCAGUGAAGCGCCUAUGGAGCUGCGGGGGUCCCUGGACUGCUGGGCCUGCUCGGUGCUGGUGACGGCUCAGAACCUGAUUAUUGCCGCGAUCAACGCCUGCCUCGCUGGCCUGGUGUUCGGGACCAUUUUGACUCCGGCCAUUGUCAUGGUGGUGUUUGGCUUCCUCUGUCACUCUACAGUCCGCCCCCAUGGGACGACCCCUUACUGCUCAGACCUGCUGACUGAUGGUGGCUGCGUGGCUCUGCUGGUGGUGGGCUUCCUCUUGGUCACCCCUCUGCUGGUCCUAGCGCUGGCUGCAUACUGCCGCCUGGCCCGACACCUCCAGCUGGGUCUGUGCUUUAUCCCGUAUAGCCGGGCCGUAUACAAGAACCUGCCGGCCACCCAGCACCGCGGCCUGGGCACUGGCUGCUGUGGAGGCCGAGAUGGCGCUGAUGGCAGUGGGAAGGGAAAAGUCUGGGUGUGAGAUGAAAAUGAGAGCAAGGGGGAGAGGGGGAAUAGGAAGACCAUAACAUGAAGACUAUUAAGGGAACAACAGAACAGGAUGAGCAGUUGAAUGGGAUAAAUACAAUGGGUGUAAGUCACAGCAGGGUGUAUACUAGGGCUGAACGAUUAAUUGCAUUUGUGAUAAUAUCGCGAUAUGAAAAAACGAGAUUUUCCAACAGCAAAGGCUGCGAUUUGACUGGUCACGUGACUUGCGAGCGAGCCGAGCGAGCGAGCAGGCAGGGAAAGAAGUCAACGCUGCGCUUGAACCUGUUGCACAAUGGCCUCAGGCUCGUCAGAAGAGUGCACGGCUGGAAGUUUGGUACCAAAGAGGGGCGGCACGUCAGUUGUGUUGAAUUAUUUUGGCUUUUAAAAAGGAAGAUGCUGCGCAACGUCAGGUAUUGUGCAGAACGUGCCUCGCUACUGUUGCUACCUCACGAGGUUCACGAUUGUAAUCACGAUUGAUUUAUUGCUUGUUGAAAAAUACAUGAGAAGAGGACCUAGAAAAAAUAAUCGCAUAUUAAAUCGCAAUUGCAAUAUUGAGGGAAAAAAAAUCGCAGUUACAUUAUUUCCCAAAAUCGUUCAGCCCUAGUGUAUACCAGAGAAGGGAGGUUGUUAAGGGCAAUCACUGUAAAGAACAGCUGGAAGACCAGUAACCUUGUUAUAAACACUGAAUAAUGACUUACAAUACAUGCUUUAAUGUCUGAAAACCUUAGCAAUUGUUUAUCGAAGACUUAUUUGUGUCUGUUGGUUUAUUUCCACUGGGCACAUUGGCUUUUACAGGACUUUUUGAAAAUCAUGGUGCCCUUUCAGUGUUAGCAGAAGAUGAAACCAGUCACUAGCACAAAUAACAACAGCAAGAUUGACAAUCAUGAAUACAAAUGAUCAAUUAAGCAAAUUCUCAAGUUGUCAUAAAAACAAAGCAUCCAAGCAGAACUGCAUAAAACAUUAACUUCCCUGAAUGUAUACCAGGAAAUAGCAAAACUGAAAAUAACUCACUUCACUAGAACUGUAUUGUGUCAUCUUAGCAUCUUAUCACAUUCAUGUUAUUAAAAAAAUGAUAUUAUUCUCUUAGGUAGUGUUCUGUUUAGUUGCUGCAGUUUCUCAUGUAAAUUCCUUUUUAUAAACAAAGAUUUUGGAUUCAACUGGAGAUGUGUCUGUCCUGUAAUAGUAAGGCAUUGGAGGAGCUGCAUCUUCUACUAGAAAAUGUAAAGUGCAUGGUCAUUAUUACAAGAAUACUUCACUUCAGAAAUCAGGUUUUUGUAAGACAAAAAGUAAGGACAUUUGUGUUGGGUAGAUUAUUCAUUUGAUGAAACGAUGCUUCUUGGCAAUAAACGAUGCUUCUUAUA